AGAGACCCCAAGAACAUGGACCGAGUGACCAGAUACCCCAUCUUCAGCAUCCCCCACUCACCCCGUGUGGCCGGCAUGGCCUUCAAAGGCGACACCAGCUACUCGUUUGAGCUGGUGGACGUGAGGUCCGCGGCCAGAGGCUGGGGCCAGGAUGAGCCAGUGGCCUGGCCUGCUGACCACGAGGCCUCUCUGGAAAUGGUGCAGAUGGGGACACCCCUCAGCCUGCAUGUCUUCCCCGGCCGGCUGGCCCCACAGCUGCCCUGCCCGGAGGACGAUGAGAUGGAGGUGAAGGCCUACCACCUGGAGGCUGGGGACACCCCGCCCUGGCGGCCACGUGACCUGGAGUGGGAACGCCGGGCGGUCAUUCAGGACCAGGCGGUCAGGAAGAGCGGCACGGUGGCCAUGCUCCGUGGCACCCCUGACCACGGGGAGCCCAGGAGCCCCGGCCGCCCGCAGUCCACGCCCCUGGAGGAGAACAUGAUUGACACAGAGCAGAUCGACUUCCUGGCAGCCAGGCGGCAGUUCCUGAGCCUGGAGCAGAGGAGCGCUCCACCCGGGGCGGCCCACGCCCGUGCGGGGGUUCCUCGGAUCCCACAACCUGGGGCCAGCCAGGCCUCCAAGGCCCUGAACGGGCCACCCCUGGUCAAUGGGUAUGUCGUCCCAGUCAAGCCUCAGGAGAAGGAGGUGGUCACGGACGAGAAGAGGGUCCACGGUUUACCCGCCAGCUCUGGUGCCCGAGCCUCGGAUGACCCUGGUUCCUGGUCCCAAGAGGGGUCCCCGGAACCCGCCAAGGAGACGCCCAUUGAGCGGGAGAUCCGGCUGGCCCAGCAGCGGGAGGCAGACCUCCGGGAGCAGCGGGGGCUGCAACGGGCGGCCAGCCAGCAGGAGCUGCUGGAGAUCCCGGCCAGGCCGCUGCUGAGCAAGGCGAGCCCGGCCACGGCCCCGCGGCCGCACAGGGGGCGCCCGUCGCUCUACGUGCAGCGGGACAUUGCUCAGGGGUCGCAGCGCGAGGAGGACCACCGGCGCGAGGGCCUGCAGGUGGGCCGGGCGUCCAUAUCCGACUGGUUCUCCGAAGGCCCCCAGCCCAUCCUCAGGAGAGUCCACAGCGCAGACUCCAUCCUCAGCCCGACCCCAGAUGCCAGCGCAGCCAGCCCCACACCAGAGGUGAGGAAGGUGAACCGCAUCCCACCUGAUGCCUACCAGCCAUUCCUGAGCCCCCGGACGCCCCCGGGAGAACCCCCAGCCUUCCACACCUACCGCAAGCCCAGCGGUCUCUCUGCCGAUGAGGCCAGGCCUGUGGGCUCUCCAAAGGCCGCAGGGUCUCAGAGGCAUCCCUCGGGGUCCUCUGCAAGGCCUGCAAGCACAAAGCAGGAGCCUCCCCGGGGACCCCUGUGUGCCAACAGGGGUGUCGUGCGAUGGGAGUACUUCCGCCUGCGUCCCUUGAGGUUCGGGGUCCCGGAUGAGCCUGAGAAAGCUGAGGCCCCCCGAGUUUGGGGCUGGGAGGUGGCUGGGGCCCCGGCACUGAGGCUACAGAAGUCCCAGUCAUCAGAGCUGCUGGAGAAGGAGGUGGAGAGCGUCCUGCGGCGGGAGCGGGAGGUGGCUGACGAGCGGCGGAGCGCUCUGUACCCUGAGGUCUUCUCCCUGCCUCCGGACGAGUGCGGUGACCAAGAUUCCAGGAGCUCCUCCCGCGCAUCUGGCAUCACGGACAGCUACUCGGUGUCUGAGUCACACUUUUUCACCCCCAUCCACCUGCACUCCGGCCUGGUGUGGACGGCAGAGGCCUCAGCUGAGGAUGCCCCCAGGCAGAGAAAGAAGAAUGAGCAGUGGUAUGCCGGCCUCAACCCCACUGACCAAGUCAACUCGGAGGUCUUGGAGGCCACACGGGUAACCCGCCACAAGAACGCCAUGGCGGAGCGCUGGGAAGCCCGGAUCUAUGCCAGCGAGGAUGAGGAUUGAGCCUGGGGCCGGGCGCCCACCCCCUGCCCUGCCCUGCCCUGGGCCCUGGGCCCUGGGAACUGCGGACCGUCCUGAGCCCCCGCCUUAGGACAUAGGUUCCUCUUUAAAUCCAGAUCCAAGAAGCUCAAAUCUCAUGCUGCCAAGCCCAG